UGAUAAAAUAGCAUUUUAUGCAAAUGCAAUCAGGGUGAAUUAAUGCAAGAAUCUCUAGUUAACAGUAAGCUUUCCAAAUUCCUUGGGUUGUGCAUUCGUUAUCCCAUUAACAUACUCUUCACUGAAAGUUUUUAAUUGUUGAGGAUUGUCAUACCAAAAUGCAGAACAAGAAACUGAAAGAAAAGUGACUGCAGGUGUCCAUAUGCAACAAUAAAUAAAUAUUAAUGUUUGCAAAAAUUAUAUGCAGUUCUUAAUAUGGGAUUGGAGUAAACUGCAAAAUAAUUCCAAGGGUCUGUUUUGUUUUAAAAUGUGUAUCUUGCUACUGACAACUAUAAAGGCAUCAAAAGUAGUAACCUGUCUAAAAUCCAGAAAGAGAUGGUAAACCACUUAUUUGUUGUGCCAGAAAAUGGUGUAGAUGAGACUGUAUAAGUUACUAGAAAUCAAGUUAUUUCUUUUCCUACCUUCAGAAAUGAUAGUUGUGAGGUGAAACAGUGAAUUCAUUUUUAUUCCAGCACAUUUCCACUUAGUGCAGUAUAUAGUCUCUGCCCAUAACAGAUGCCUUAGCACAGAUGAUUCUUUAAAAGGAUUUCUUUAUCCCAAACAGGGAAAGUCUCAAGGUAUAAACAAAGCAGACUCCCACAGCCAAGUAUAAUAACUUCUGGGAGGUAGAUCUUUGUUUGCUCAGUGUAACUAGUUGGUAAGUACUUGGAAGAUUUACUCAGCUGGUAGAAUAUUAACUGAAUGAGAGAAAAUCUCAGUAACUAAUUAUGUGACUCAAUCCUUUGUUGAAAAGCUGUAAUUUUUCACUAUGCUAGAUAUAUUAGUAGUAUCACAAUUGGGCUUAGCAUUGAGGGACUGAAGAUUACUUUGUGGGGCAUAUAGAAAUAGGUAUAGUGGGUGAAGAACAAGUACGAUAACAAUUAUGGCAACAUAAUUAUACUGCUUUUGAUAGACGGUGUCAAAGUUCCUACAGAGCAACAAAACAAAAGGUAGAAAUAACUUUAAACUUUAAAAAGCAAGAAUUAGAUUGGCAAAUGAAGACAACUGUAAAGGUGGGAUAACUCUGUCAUCUUACAAAUGGAUGGAUCUAUUCUGGAAUUACAACAGGCAAUCCAAGAACAUCCAGUUGUCCUGUUGCCCAGCCAUCGAAGCUACAUGGAUUUUCUCUUACUGUCCUAUGUGUUAUAUAACUAUGACUUGACUUUGCCAGUCAUUGCAGCAGGAAUAGAUUUCCUUGGAAUGAAAAUAGUUGGUGAGUUGCUUCGAAAAUCAGGUGCCUUUUUUAUGCGACGUACAUUUGGUGGAAACAAGCUUUAUUGGGCAGUGUUUGCUGAAUAUGUCAAGUGUAUUUUAAAGAAUGGACAUGCCCCUGUUGAGUUUUACCUUGAAGGUACUAGAAGCCGCACUGCAAAGACAUUGUCUCCAAAGUUUGGUCUUCUCAAUAUUGUGAUGGAUCCUUUUCUUAAAAGGGAGGUUUUUGAUAUAUAUCUUGUCCCAAUCAGUAUCAGUUAUGAGAAGGUGUUGGAAGAAUUUCUUUAUGCAUAUGAACUUUUGGGAGUCCCUAAACCAAAAGAGUCUACAUCGGGACUCUUGAAAGCCAGAAAAAUUCUGAAUGAAGAUUUUGGAUGCAUACAUAUGUAUUUUGGGCAGCCUGUGUCACUCAGAACAUUGGAAGCUGGAAGAAUGAAUAAAUAUCCAUUUAAUUUAGUUCCAAGGCACAUUCCCCAAAAGCCAUCUGAGGAAAUACAGAAAUUUGUCACUGAUGUAGCCUACCAAAUAGAGCUCUUGCAAAUAGAAAACAUGGUUCUGAAUCCAUGGAUGUUGAUUUGUACUAUCUUGCUCCAGAAUUUACCCGCCAUAGAUUUUGAACUUCUGGUGGAAAAGACACUUUGGUUGAAAAAUUUAACUCAGCUAUUUGGAGGAUUCCUAGACUGGCCUGAUAAUCUUUGUGCCAGCAAAGCUGUAAAAUCUGCCUUGGCGCUGCAUUCCAACAUUGCCAGCUUGGUCAAUGGGGAAGUGAUCCUCAAUGACAAAGAAAUGGGAUUUGUUACUACAGAGGACCCUGUGUUUCGGCGGGCCUUUUCCAUCCUCCUGUGUGGGUCCUAUAGGAAUCAGUUGCUUAAUAUCUUUGUGCGACCAGCUCUUGUAGCAAUUGCAUUGGAAAUCACACACAGUUCCAGAAAAGAGGAGGUCUAUAACCAGUUUUCAUUCUGGCGUGAUGUUUUUUCUGAAGAAUUUAUCUUCUUUCCUGGAAUAUCCCUGAAGGAUUUUGAAGAAGGUUGUUUCUUGCUUACAAAAUGUGGAGCCAUUCAAGACACACCACAGCAAAUAUUUAUCACAGACAAAGGAAAUACAGUAAUUACUUUCUUGAGUGAGAUGUUUAAACCAUUUGUGGAAGGUUAUCAGAUAAUCUGCAAAUACCUUUUUAAUGAAACAAAUGAAGCCUUUACUGAGAAGCACUUUGUAUUUGGAGUCCGAAGCCUUGCUUCCCAGCUUCUGGAGACAGGGAGCACUCAGUGUUAUGAGGUCCUGUCUUCGGAUAUGCAGAAAAAUGGUUUGGCUGCUUUUGUGCGACUAGGCAUGGUGGCCAGAAUGAAAACGAUCGAUGGAUUCACUUACAGAGUAAAUAAAGAAUCCCUGGCUAAGACUGCAGGAAUGUUUGAAUCUAGGAUACCUGUAAGGAACUCAAUGACUGCAAGGCUUUAAUUGAAGAAGGCUACAAUGAUUUGCCUUUAUGUACACUGUUAACCUUGGAGCCUGGCUGGAAAUGAGGCACACAGUGAGGAAGACUACAAAAUACCCUUUCCAUCUUGACAUGUUUUUGUUACACAGUGGUGGAGAAGAAUUCCAGAAGUCAAACUGUUUACACCAUCACUUGAGGAACUUUAUCAGCAUUAAUGCUUAGGAGUCUUUGUACGUUCAAGUUCCCUACAGUGAAUAUCACCUGACUCCUUCUUCCAUCCAGAUAUUAAUAUUUGAAUAGUAAGGUAAUAUCUGAAAUGUUUGUCAUGAUAACAAGCUGAUUGCUUUUCUAUGGUUGUUUUGUGGUUGUGAAAAAAAAGUAAGCUAAGGUUAUAUAACGUUGAAAGCAAUAUUUAAAGAAAACGAUGAUUGCCAUUGUAUUUAUGAAAGAUUAAUCUGUUUCAUGGAAAUUAAUACCCACAAAAUGUUAAUGAUGUAACUGAUUUUUAAAAAGGUGGUAUUUGCAACUCUUGGAAUAUUAAAAACUAACACAGAAGGCA